UGUCUACCUGGUAACAAGUGACGCUGCAGGUCAUGUGAUCUCUGGUUUUAAGAGCAGCUCUCAGUCAGACUGAGUCAGUGUUGGUCAAGUGAGCAGAGGAACAUGGCUUCAUCCUUUCUCAGCUUCGCCCUCCUCUUCAUCACUGUCUACACAGCAGAUGGAUUUCUGAAUUAUGUAGAGGAUCACUGUGUGUUCAACUCCACUAAGCUGGACGACAUUGAGUACAUCAGAUCUUACUAUUACAACAAGCUGGAGGUCACGAGGUUCAGCAGCAGCGUGGGCAAGUAUGUUGGAUACACAGAGUUUGGUGUGAGGAACGCAGAGGCCUGGAACAAUCUCCCGGGAGAGUUGUCUCGAAUGAGAAAUGAGAAGGAGAGGUACUGUCUCAUCAACGUGGGAAGUGACCAGGAAGCUAUUCUGACUAAGUCAGUUAAACCCUACGUCCGACUUCACUCUGAGGAGCACCAUGGUGGGAAACAUCCUACCGUGCUGGUCUGCGGCGUCUUCGACUUCUACCCCAAACGGAUCAGAGUGAGCUGGCAAAUAGACGAGAAGGAAGUGACCUCGGGCGUCACUUCCACCGAUGAGCUGGCGGACAGUGAUUGGUACUACCAGAUCCACUCUCACCUGGAGUACACACCCAGGUCUGGAGAGAAGGUCUCCUGUGUGGUGGAACACGCCAGCCUGAAAGAACCGCUGGUUACUGACUGGGAUCCGUCCAUGCCCGAGUCAGAGAGAAACAAGAUCGCCAUCGGAGCCUCCGGACUGAUCCUAGGUCUGACCUUAUCUCUGGCUGGAUUCAUCUACUACAAGAGGAAGGCACGAGGACGGAUCCUGGUUCCCACUAACUGAGUCUGGUGCUGCCACCUGCUGGACUGACCAGAUUCUCUGAUGUGGUUUUCUACUGGUCCAAACCCGAUCCAGGACUGUACUCUGAUACCCAGCUGGUCUAAACCUGAUCCAUCAUACUGUACGCCACAGUCCAGUUCAUUGUGUCAACGUGUUGUCGUUCCCUGUGUUCGCUGGAUACCUGAGAUGUUCAGGCUCCGUCAGAAGUCGUCAUGACGACUGUGGUUUUCUCCGACAGUGCUGGAUCAGGUUUAGUGUGGACUCUGGUGUAUCAGCUGGAUGCGAGCUCUGCUUCAUAUGCACAUGAUAUGCUGCUUUACCGUGUGAAAUCAAUGCUUCUAUGCACAAAGUGACUCAGUAACUGUGCUUUUAAAUCCUGUUUGAUCCAGUUCUUCGAUGAUUUGGGGCUUGUGGGUCGUGCGAUCGUUAGAUUCAUAUAUUUUGACUGGAGUGGGACGUUUUCUAAUCUCAAUAAACCAACAGAAAACCCUGA